UCCACACCUCUCUCAUCCGUCUCUCUCUCUCUCACUCGAUACUUUUUGCCCGACAUACAGUCAUACCGUGUAUCUAGACAACGCUCCUGCGGGAGCUGACCAGUUUUCUCUCUAAACAAACAAAGCUACAGCCUACAUCUGAAGCUUUCCUUUGGAUCUUAGAUUCUGAACUCAAGGCCAGGCGAAAGACAGGCCUCCUCUAUCUUUUGUAGCAGCUGCCCGGACUCCGGCGUGUCAUCGCCGUUGUACGAAGAGUUUUUCUUCAUCUGAACGACCCUUUGCGUUGUAGGCAUGUGAAAGAGAAAGUAUCGGCUGCAGUGGUUCAAUCACUAUGGAGUCGUGCAACUGCAUUGAUCCACAGUGGCCGGCUGAUGAAUUAUUAAUGAAGUACCAAUAUAUUUCUGACUUCUUCAUUGCACUUGCUUAUUUCUCCAUCCCUCUAGAGCUGAUCUACUUCGUCAAGAAAUCUGCAGUGUUUCCUUAUAGAUGGGUCCUCGUUCAGUUUGGUGCUUUCAUAGUUCUGUGCGGGGCUACACACCUGAUUAACUUAUGGACUUUUACAACGCAUUCUAAAACUGUGGCAAUAGUAAUGACCACUGCCAAGUUUUUAACUGCUGCAGUGUCAUGUGCAACAGCCCUCAUGCUUGUACAUAUUAUUCCUGAUUUAUUGAGUGUUAAAACCAGAGAACUGUUCUUGAAAAACAAGGCAGCAGAGCUUGAUAGAGAAAUGGGCUUGAUUCGCACUCAGGAAGAAACAGGUCGUCAUGUCAGAAUGUUGACUCAUGAGAUCAGAAGCACUCUUGACAGACAUACUAUACUGAAAACCACUCUUGUCGAACUGGGUAGAACUUUGGCAUUGGAAGAGUGUGCCUUGUGGAUGCCAACACGUACUGGCUUGGAGCUUCAACUCUGCUACAAUCUCCGUCAGCAGAACCCAGUUGGAUAUUAUACUGUGCCCAUUCAUCUUCCUGAGAUCAAUCAUGUUUUCAGUAGUAACCAUGCAGUAAAAAUAUCACCCAAUUCUCCAGUGGCAAGACUACGACCUCUUCCUGGGAAAUACAUGCCUGGGGAGGUUGUUGCGGUCCGUGUCCCGCUUUUAUAUCUUUCUAACUUCCAAAUUAAUGACUGGCCAGAGCUCUCAACAAAACGUUAUGCUUUGAUGAUCUUGAUGCUGCCCUCAGAUAGUGCAAGGCAAUGGCAUGUCCAUGAGUUAGAGCUGGUUGAAGUGGUUGCUGAUCAGGUGGCAGUUGCUCUGUCACAUGCUGCAAUCCUAGAAGAGUCAAUGAGGGCAAGGGAUCUUCUCAUGGAGCAGAAUGUUGCACUAGACCUGGCCAGGAGAGAAGCAGAAACAGCUGUUCGUGCUCGCAAUGAUUUCUUGGCGGUUAUGAACCAUGAGAUGAGAACUCCCAUGCAUGCAAUUAUUGUACUUUCUUCUUUGCUGCAGGAGACUGAGCUGACACCUGAGCAGCGGCUGAUGGUCGAAACAAUACUAAAGAGUAGUUAUCUUUUGGCUACCCUCAUAAAUGAUGUAUUAGACCUUUCAAGGCUUGAAGAUGGCAGCCUUCAACUUGACAUUGGAACUUUUAACCUUCAUUCUAUAUUUAAGGAGGUCCUUAACUUGAUAAAGCCUGUUGCAUCUGUCAAGAAGUUGUCGGUUACAUUAAAUUUAGCGCAAGAUUUGCCAGUGUAUGCUGUAGGUGAUGAAAAACGCCUUAUGCAAACCAUGCUGAAUGUUGUUGGUAAUGCUGUGAAGUUCUCUAAAGAGGGCAGCAUCUCAAUCACAGCAUUUGUUGCAAAAUCAGAUUCUUUAAGAGAUUCUCGUGCACCAGACUUUUUUCCUGUGCCAAGUGAUGAUCACUUUUAUUUGCGUGUACAGGUGAAAGAUUCGGGAUCAGGAAUUAGCCCUCAGGAUAUGCCAAAACUAUUUACCAAAUUCUCACAAACUCAAUCAUUGGCGACAAGAAAUUCUGGUGGCAGUGGACUUGGCCUUGCAAUUUGUAAGAGGUUUGUAAACCUUAUGGACGGACAUAUUUGGCUUGAUAGUGAAGGUCUUGGCAAGGGAUGUACUGCCAUUUUCAUUGUGAAACUUGGGAUUCCACGGCUAGCAAAUGAAUCUAAGUUUCCUUUUGCCCCUAAAGUGUCAGCAAAUCAUGGUCUGACAAACUUUCCAGGGCUCAAGGUUCUUCUUAUGGACAAUAAUGGGGUUAGCAGGACGGUGACAAGGGGACUACUCAUGCACUUGGGAUGUGAGGUGACAACUGUAGUCUCAAGUGAGGAGUGCUUGCACGUUGUUUCUCAUGAACACCAAGUGGUCUUCUUGGAUGUUUGUGCGCCAGGUAUUGAUGGUUAUGAGCUUGCUGUUGGUAUUCAUGAAAAAUUUACAAGACGUCAUGAAAAGCCACUUAUAGUAGCACUUACCGGAGAUACGGAUGAGGUUAUGAAGGAGAACUGCACGAGGGUUGGUAUAAAUGGAGUCAUAAUGAAGCCUGUUUCAGUUGAUAAAAUGAGGAGCAUUUUAGCAGAGCUUUUGGCGCACCGGGUUCUGUACUAGGCUAUGUCAAACAAGCAGCUCUAGUAUGUAAGUCCAGAAAGGUUUGUUCUGUGAUUUCACUCUCCUGUAUGGUGGUGUGGUGACUACCGAUGUGGAGACACAUUUCACACCACUAACAUGUCAUAGUUUAAUUUAUAAGAGUAAUAUAAAAAUUUGAGUAUUGUAAAUCAGAUCUUGCAAAGUAUGGCCCCCGCACCGACUUAAAAAUAGAAAAUUUCUACCUUCUCAAAA